CAAAAAAGAACGGUGCAAAACAAAGAAACAGAGCCAGUCUCUCCACACAUUUGUGUGUGUGUGUGUGUGUGUGUGUGAGAGAGGCAGGGUGUCUGCAGGCGGCGGAAAAAGAAAGAAAGAAGAAAAAGAGACAAGUGAAACCCACAUCUGUAUGAUUUUUUUAAUCAAUCUCCGAGCGGCGAGAGCAGCACAGCAGAUUAAUCUGCCAACGUCGUCGAAACUCGACGCUCGAGCUCGAGACAAAACUCGACUCUCUGUUUUUGUGACUAUCCCAUUUGCGUUUUGAUUUUCAGCGGGCGCAGUUGCGUGCGCUUCUGUCUGUCUGUCCGUGUGUGUGCGUUUGUUUGUUGGUUUGUGCAAGCAUUUAAUCAUAAUAUUUAAAAGACACCCCACCAUUGUCAGCACAACAUCCCCAACGAUCGUCGGAUUUCGCGCUGCAAUAAAUAAAUAAACAUUCAUAUACAAAACGAAACCCAAAUAGCAGAAACGCACAGCCGGCUGCAGAAUGGGAUUAAUGAAUUGGGUACUUCCCCUCCUUCUGGCCACGUUGGUCGCCCUGCAACAGCCUACACAAACGGACGCUCUGAUCGAGGAUGUCCUGGACAUCAUACAUGUGGUCAAGGAGGUCACCUCCGGCGUCCUCAAGGCCUGGGACAUUGUACAAUCCUCCCCUUUGGCGGCCAACAUUGAUUUCCCACUGAUGCGGGAGAAACAGAAGAAGGUGUUGCAGCGCCUCAAAGAAGUCAGCAAGCAAAUAGACAAUACCGAAGAUCAGCAUGCUCAAUAUGUUGCCUUGGCCAUCGAAUCGGUGACUAGCUUCAUGCACAACAACGCUCCAAUUAUGGCCAAGAUGAACGAUAUCUCGGACACGAUCAAUAGGAUCUCAUCGCGCUAUCAGCAGAUGCAGAAGUACGAGGCUUACAAGGACAAGUUGGAGAUGUCCACGCUGAUAACGUUUGCCGAGUGGACAGUGUCGCCGAAUGCACAUUCGGUGCACCAUCUGAUGGAUCGCCUGAAUAUCAUUCUACUCGGCAACGAAGAUAGAUCUUCCAACUCAACGUCCACCAAUCUACUCCAACAGCUGGCCACUGCCUAUGAGGUGUCUAGCAAUCAAAUUUGCAAUACCAUGCAAUCGGCCCAGCAGUUUAUUUAUUCACUAUAUGCGGAUAUAGCCCUGACCGAACUGAAAGCCUACACCAUGAUGGAGUUCUCGUGGAUGAUGUUGCGGGUCUACGGGAAGGGCAACUACACUCAGGAGGCGGAACUCAUGCGUUCCGACUAUGAGAAGAGGACAGAACGCACACUGAAAAUGCUCAAGGAUGUGAUGCUACGAGCUGAUCGUAUCGUUUACCGCUGUGAUCCGACGAAACAUGUACAGGGAGUCACCUAUGACGAGGUCACACGCCUCCUUCAAGGCUACAUUGAAAACGAGGUAGACUUGAAUAACGAGGAAACCUGCCGAGAGACGUGUGGCUUUUAUCAGUCCACCCGUAGCGAAGGCUGCUUUAAGGAUCUCUAUUGUUCCCGUCAACCGAAAUGUACGGGUCGCCUGUACAACUGCCAGUUCGUAGACUCCGACAUGUGGGUGUGCCCGUCGCCACAGAAUAGCACGCGGCGCUAUGAGUUUAUCGAGUACGAGAACGGACGCGUCCUUGGCCAGCGGGGUAAGUGCACCAGGGGCACCACCAAGGUGGACAGCUGGUGGCGUUACCUUCUCUGGCACUGCAGCUACUGCUUCUGCCUGUGCGACGAGGAGGGUCUAAAGUCGGAUCGUUUCUUCAAUCUGCGGGAUACGAUCGCCGAUAUCAAGCGCAACCGAAUCGUGACUGGUUUGCGUUUUGUAAAGCAAAAUCGGAUUUUCCAUCUGCAAAUCCAGGAGGGCGAACUUCUGCCGCGUGGCACUGUCAAUCAAAGCACUCUGGAAUGGAAACCCGUGGAGAAGUACAACGUCUUUGAUCGUCAUGUGAAGAAUGGCGUUGACUAUCAUAAGUUGAGCUACGAGAAACGCACCAUCGAUCUGGACGAUGUGGAUACGGAGGACAAUUCCUUUGUCGUUACCGGCGUGCGAUUCCGUGUAGUGGGCACACAUCUGAAUUUGGAGGCCUAUUACAGUGAGUUUGAUUUCCUCACCGGCCAGCUCAUCCAGCCGGAGUACAAUAGCUAUUGGAAGUCCAACGACAAUACCGAUGUCAGCGGCGCACGCAGGGAAAAACUGCGUCUGAGCAACGCCGACGUGUCUACGCGGACAAUCGCACCAUCGUUACCUCUGUCGCGCCACAAUCAGUUCAUCGAUUUCACUAACACAGGACUGGACAAGGAUGCCGCCCAGAGCACAGUGCCGUUCAUGGACAUCCAGGACGUGGUCUCGAAUCCACCAGUACCACUAGCCGGCAUUGGCAUCUACUACAAGGGCCGCAACGGUUACGGCGGCUUCCUGGGCCCCAAGAUCAUCACCUACGACUUCACGCCCCACGUUCAGGUGCCAAAGAAUAGAUUCUAAGGCGGAGAGAGUCGGAUAAGCGGUGCUGUUUCCAUCCCGCACAUAUGUCAUAGCUUUUUUAGAUGUACACUACCUAUCAAUACACACUUGCAAUUACUGUCGCAUAGUCUAAGUGAGAUCCGAGGAGAACAAAACGCAAGAGAUGCAGAAUCAGGCAAGACAAGAAUAUAAAAGCAAAUUAUAUUGAAAUUUAGCCAUAACAAUAGAAAUAAAAACGAAUGAGAAUCUGA